CAUUUGUUUGGUCCAGGUCAUGCCCUCAUCUACAACGUCAGCGCCAAAACGAAGAUAAAAAAAUUGUUCUUUCUUGAUCAGCUCGUCUUGAACUUUACCGCUUCUAAUUGUGGCAACUAUUUGCGGACACGAUAGUUGCGUGAAAAAGGUGAAGAAUUUCAGCUGUUUCAUGUGCUGAUUCUCUAUCGACAGUAACUGCUGUUGCUCUACCCACCAUCCCCACGAAUUUAUCCUGUGCGAAUCUGGACUCUCAAACUGCUGAUUCAAGACUCUACGUGCUUGCUUCUCGAUCAAGAACUUCCUCGUUCAUUCAGAGCUGAGCGAAUCCAGGUUCCCGAGGAAUUUCCUCGUCCUGGGCUCGUGAAUUUAGCCUUUAGCUUUCUUGGGUGGGAGCUUGGGAUUGAGUGCGGGAAGGGUUCUGAAUGAUUUGCAGAUAAUUGCGUGGGAGCGUUGAGUAGGGAGGAAACAUGGAGCCUCCGAGGGGAGUUCUUACUUCGCUAUGGAAUUUCAUUUGCUUCUUGCCUUACUUCAACGGGCUUUUAUUGCUGGGCGCUAUUAAAGGUAUCAUUUUCUGCCCUAUGGCAUGUCUAAUCUUGACCGUCGGAAAUUCUGGUAUCACAUUGGGUCUUUGGCCUGUGCAUGCCUUCUGGACGUGCUAUUCUGUUUUCAGAGCUAAACAAUUAGGUCCCAUCUUGAAGCUCAUUCUCUUCAUAUGCAUACCUGCUCCCUUAAUUGUGUGGCCGGUAGUUGCAAUCGCUGGAAGUUUCUUAGGUGGAGCUGCAUAUGGCUUUUUCUCACCAAUAUUUGCCACUUUUGAAGCAAUUGGAGAAGGAAAGACCGAUAAAUUUUUCCACUGCUUUCAUGAUGGAACUUGGAGCACUAUACAAAGGAGCUUCACAAUUGUCAGAGACUUUCGGGAUUGUUGCUUCUAUUCCUACUUCUCAAUUAUGGAUGACUUGCGGCUUCAAGAACCUCCAGAAAGGAAAUACUAUGAGAUUAGAGUGUUAUAUCUUCCUGGUGCUAUUCUAGCAGGAGUCGUUGGCUUCAUAGUUGACAUGCCUAUGAUUUCACUAAUUGCCCUGUGCAAAAGCCCUUACAUGCUCUUCAAGGGUUGGCAUCGUCUCUUCCACGAUCUCAUUGGUCGUGAAGGCCCUUUCCUGGAAACAAUAUGUGUUCCAUUUGCGGGCCUAGCUAUCAUACUCUGGCCAUUGGCUGUUGUUGGAGCAGUCCUGGGAUCCAUCGUGUCAAGUAUAAUUCUCGGCACCUAUGCUGGGGUUGUCACUUAUCAGGAAUCUUCAUUGUGGUUGGGGCUUUGCUACAUUAUUGCGGCCCUUUCCAUUUACGACGAGUACAGCAAUGACAUUCUUGAUAUGCCAGAAGGGUCCUUGUUUCCUAGACUGAAGUAUAGGAGGAAUCCCCAGCUAGCAAGGACCAGCUCUUUAGCGACCUCUUUUGCUGGGCCCGGUUCUACUAGGAAUCCUCCAUCUCGUGCAGUUUCAUUUAAAAAUCCCGUGAUUGAUUUGAAGCCACUGGAGUUGCUUCGUUACAUAUUCAAAGAGAUUCAAUGCCAUGGAGAGCGCAUGGUCUCUGAAGGACUGAUAACACCCCAAGAUAUUGAAGAUGCGAAGUCGGAUAGCGGCAGCCGAGUGCUUAGCACGGGCUUGCCAGCUUAUUGCAUUUUCCAAACCCUCUUGCGAUCAGCCAAAGCUAAUUGUGCAGGAAUCUUGCUGUGUGACAGUGCAGGCGAUGAUGUUGUGGAGCUGACUGUUACAAACAGACCCAAAGAUGUCUUCUUCGAUUGGUUUCUGAAUCCCCUUUUAAUCAUCAAAGACCAGAUCAAAGCUGAAAACCUUACCAGCGAUGAAGAUGACUAUUUAGGCAAGCUUGUCUUGUUAAGUGGUGAUCCUGUGAGGUUAAGAAAUUCAUCAAUUGGCUCGCCUCCAGAAUCUGAGCUCAAAAGAGCUGAACUUGAUGGAUUAGCUCGAAGGCUUCAAGGAAUUACCAAGUCAAUUUCAAGGUAUCCAACUUUUAGGCGUCAUUUUGACACUCUUGUGAAGAUUUUGUCUGAAGAUCUUGCAAAGAAGAAUUUUGAAAGCAAAUCGACCAAAGGUGAGCCCCAAAAGUUUACAAAGUCAAGGAGUCUCUUUGUCCGUUUGCUCAGCCAAAAGUCCUUCAAGAGCAAAACAAAGGAUCCUGGUUCUGGUCAAGAGCCAGAACAGGUCGCUGCGCGAGACAUUGAAGUGGUGUGACUGCACAUUCUUGGUUUUACUUCCCUCAAGAUGUAUAGUUCCUUCUGUAAAUUGCUUGUUCACCUUUACUUAUUUUGUUUCCACGAUGAUAUGACUUUAAAAUUUAGUGUCAUGUCAACCACAGAACAAUUUGUUGUGAUCAAAACAAAAGAAGGGAGUUACAUAUUGAAUGGCGUCUUUGUUUUGCCGCCUUCUUUUUUGUA